CGAAAGGAACUAUUUGUGACGUUAAAAGAAGCUAGAAUUUUCAUUUUAGGACAGAAAGAAUGGCAAGCACUGGUCAGGUCAUCCGUUGCAAAGCUGCUGUGGCAUGGGAAGCUGGAAAGCCACUGGUGAUCGAGGAAGUGGAGGUGGCUCCACCUCAAGCCAUGGAGGUUCGUUUGAAGAUCCUCUUCACUUCCCUCUGCCAUACUGAUGUAUACUUCUGGGAAGCCAAGGGGCAAACCCCAUUAUUUCCUCGCAUUUUUGGUCAUGAAGCUGGAGGGAUUGUUGAGAGUGUUGGUGAAGGUGUGACAGACCUCGAGCCUGGUGACCACGUGCUUCCUGUAUUCACAGGAGAGUGUAAGGAAUGCCGACAUUGCAAAUCAGAAGAGAGUAAUAUGUGUGAUCUUCUUCGGAUUAACACUGAUAGAGGUGUGAUGCUGAGUGAUGGCAAGUCUAGAUUUUCAAUUAGAGGGCAGCCCAUCUACCAUUUUGUUGGUACAUCAACCUUUAGUGAGUACACUGUGAUUCAUGUUGGCUGUCUGGCCAAGAUCAAUCCUGCUGCUCCACUGGACAAAGUUUGUCUCCUCAGCUGUGGAAUCUCUACAGGUCUUGGAGCCACCUUGAAUGUUGCAAAGCCAAAGCCAGGCUCCUCCGUGGCCAUUUUUGGACUGGGAGCUGUUGGCCUUGCAGCUGCUGAAGGUGCUCGGAUUUCCGGUGCUUCAAGGAUUAUUGGUGUUGAUUUGCAUUCCAGUAGAUUCAAUGAAGCCAAGAAAUUUGGCGUGACGGAGUUUGUGAGCCCAAAUGAUCAUGACAAGCCUGUUCAUGAGGUGAUAGCGGAGAUGACUGAUGGAGGAGUGGAUAGAAGUGUUGAGUGUACAGGAAGUAUCAGUGCCAUGAUUUCUGCAUUCGAAUGCGUCCAUGAUGGUUGGGGUGUUGCUGUGCUAGUCGGCGUGCCAAGCAAAGACGAUUCUUUCAAAACCAAUCCAAUGAAUUUCUUGAGUGAGAGGACUCUCAAGGGUACUUUCUUCGGAAAUUACAAGCCGCGCUCUGACCUUCCUUCAGUUGUAGAGAAGUACAUGAACAAGGAGCUUGAGCUAGAGAAAUUUAUAUCCCAUGAAGUCCCUUUCUCUGAAAUCAACAAGGCUUUCGAGUAUAUGCUCGCUAAAGCUAGCCUCAGGUGUAUUAUCCGGAUGGGUGCAUAAAAGAAGAAUCAUCUUUGUUGAUUUUCAGGUGUAUUGCCUGAGCUAGCCUCAGGCGUAUUAUGUUCCGAUAGUGAUCAGUUACAUGAAACAAUAAAAUCCAUGCUUUAGAUUGAUAAUUAAGUAAGCUGUUACCACUACACUUUCUCAUGAGAAUAAAUAAGAUUUUGACGUGUUUU